GGUGAAUUCGGCACAAGGGGCGGGGUUUGAGGUGCGGAUGCGCGCGCAGCGGCCGCUUCAGCGCUCGGUGCGCCCAGCUGUUGCCAUUAUGGCUUCCCUGCUUUUGCUGCGGCAAGGACGAGUUGGGGCGGUGAAGGUAAAGGAGACUAUGCUCCUGGAAGCAAGAGUGUUUCGAGGAUUUGCUUCUACAGUUCCUCUCUCUGUGGAAUCAGGCAAGAGUGAAAAGGGACUGCCACCAAAUUCUAAGAAGCAAAGUCCACCAAAAAAUGUAGUGGCACCAAAGGAGAGGGGCAGGCUGCUGGCCACCCAAGCAGCAGCUGAAUUAUCUAAAAACUUACCUUCAUCCAAUUCUUACCCAUCAGUCGUGAAUAAAGGUGGGAUGGGCGCUAGCCCUAACCCCGAUGACAGCAUGCUGCUCACACAGGAAGGGCUUCCGGAAGUGUUGUCAAGAAAGACUUUGGUAGAGUUUCCUCAGAAAGUUCCGUCUCCGUUCAGAAAACAGGGUUCUGCUUCAAAAGCUCGUCAGAAGGUCCAGAAAGUGACAGAUGAUUCGUCUUCAUCCAGCUCUUCUGAUUCAGAGUCUGAUAAGGAGGGUGACAGCUCAGAAGUUGGUCCUCGAGUGGCAAGCAAAAGCAAAAGAGGGUUUCGGAAAACAGAGGCCUCUCAUGCCCUUGAAAACAUAUCAGCAAAAGAGAAACCCCGGUCGCAGAAGCCUCACACAGACGCCACCUAUCCAGAGCCCCGUCAGCCAAAGAAAAAGGGGGCUACCCCGCAGCUCUCGGAGGACAGAAAGGAUGCUAAACCAGAAACUCUGAUUCCCAGGCCACAAGUGAAUGAAGAGCUUUUGAAGCAAGAUACAGAGGAGAAGCAACUGCACAAAGUAUUUAGAUCAAAUGAAACAGAGGAAGAAAGCCAGAAGCCACGUGGAGUUACAGGAGUCCUCACUGACCACACAGAAUCAGCAUUGUCUUCACAGCUGGACAGCGGCCCAGCGCCCACCCUGUUGACAGAGGAAGCCAGAGUGGAGGGGCAGCUCCAAGCCACUCCUGGGGCUAGACAGAGUCAUCUGGAAAAACCAGUGCCAGAGCUUAAUGGAAAGGCAACCUCCUCCCUGCUCAGAAACGAGCACCCGAGGAAUCAGGGAAUAGGAGGACCCGCCGAGGCUGCAGAAGACAUCUUGGAGGAUCAGGCACCAAUAACGGAUUUGAAGACAGUUCCUGCUGAGAAUACAGAUGUUUUCAGUGAACAAGCUGCAGUGUUAAAGCCUCAGAGUGAGGCGGUAGAAGACUCCGCCCCGCCAGUGGAAGACCAGGACGGCACCCAGGAGCCUGCCUGGGAGCCUCCUGAGCCAUCGGACUCCACCACCUACAAGAACCUACAGCAUCAUGACUAUACCACGUACACUUUCUUGGACCUCAACCUGGACCUCUCCAAAUUCAGGAUGCCUCAGCCCUCAUCAGGACGAACAUCACCCCGGCACUGAGAACCCUCAGUUUAAAGAUGAAUUUACGUCAUUUUUGCACUCUUGCCUACAAAAAUAAAAUCCACUCAAGAGUCACAAAGCCCAGUUUCUGUAAUUGGUUUCCCUUUACACUUUUUGUAGUGAAUGGUGAAUCAGGAAUCCCAUUGCUGGUUUUCAUGUAUUUAGCAAGAGCUACUAUGUAUAAGGAAUUUUGCUUUAUAAGGUUAUGACUAACUAGGCAAAUCUAUAAAACCAAGAAAUUCAAAUGCUUUUGACCAGUGUAAUUCUGUGCAGAGCCCAAUUUAGCAUUGAACUAAUUAAUAGCUAAGUAUCAAUACGUGUAGUAGGGACUUCUAACUUUAUAGGCCUAGUUUUUUGUUUUGUUUUGUUUUUUUGAGACAUGGUCUCACUAUGUCACCCUGCAUAGAAUGCUGUGACAUCACAGCUCACAGCAACCUCAAACUCUUGGGCUUAAGCAAUUCUCUUGCCUCAGCCUCCCAAGCACCUGGGACUAUAAGCACCCUCCACAACGCCUGGCUAUUUUUUGUUGUUGUUAUUGCUAUUUAGCUGGCCCGUGCCGGGUUCCAACCUGCCAGUCCCGGUACACGUGGCCGGCGCCCUAACCACUGAGCUGUGGGCGCUGAGCCUGUAGGCCUACUUUUUGAUAGAUAAGAAACAGCAGUUUUAUUAAUUACUGGAUCACAAAGAAAUGGUACUAAAUUACAGUGUUUUAUUGUCAGAAAAGAACAGAAUUAUUUUGUUUGCCUCUAUUAGAUAUUUGAUGUACCUGGGGAAUUUUUCAGAAGUGAGAUUAGGAAGAGGUGGAAGAUUUGUACAGUCCAGCCCCGGCUUUGCCCCCCUCCCCCCCCAUGGCUUCCGGAGACUGAACUAAUUUAGCUAUUUAGGUUUUCUGGGAUGGCCGAGCAAUCUUCCCUGACAGUGAUGACUUUGGUAGCUUUACUCACCUGCAGGUGGGGGUGAGAAGCACACAGCGGAAGGCCCCUGUCUUCCUGGGACUGAGAUGAGGGUGAGGAUGCUGCCGUCUUGAGUGCGGAGCAGAUGCUCAGUUCAGCAGAGGCGACAUGUCAGGGCCUGACGUGGAAAGGCCACUCUGCACACGCGUGGCACUGCUUCCUGUUUUGCAGUAUUGUCCUCACACUCCCUUUCACGGACUUGUUCAUGGGCCCAAACUUGCGGGUUUUAUUUCAUUUAAAUUCUGGUCCUUGGCCUCCAGUCAACUUACAACAAACUCAACACAGUGUACUUGUAACUUAUGAUUCAUAUUUUUAUAAUCCUACAUUUCUUAAAAUUAGUCCAAAAAGGAAAACCAAAAUUAAAAACAUAAUCAUCUGCCUCAGAUUUUGUUACCACCUAAGAGACUUAGCAACUCAGCAAGAUUAUCCUAAACACACUUUUUUUAUUAUAAAAGUAAUAAAAUCACAUUAUCAAAAAUAAAAAGUAGAAAAUAGUGGUAACAUGGUAAUAUAUGCUAACUCAGCUACUGUUAACUGUUCCUCACGUCUCCCCAGCGUGGGGGUUGAUGUAUGUGUAGUUUUCAUCCUGCUAUUCACAUUUUUUGUUUUAUCUUUAAAUUCCUUCCCACAGUGGGGUCUGGAACCCAGUUUUGUGUGGUGAUUGGCUGGGGGAUGUGAAGCUGAGUAUCCUGGGUUAUUGAUGCUGUCAAGCUGAAAGUCUUCUGGUAUUAAAAUGAGUAUGAUGAGAAUGAA